UACAACCACACUCUCUCGCUACCAUCUACCACACAAUCACCCACAACCUACAUACAACAACCAACCCAAUCAGCAUCUACAAUGCGCUUCCUCGCCCUCAUCACCGCUCUCGUGGCCCUUGCCACCACCUCCCUGGCCUCCCUGCUGACCAUGGAACCCCGCGAGGACCCGGACGCCUGCUUCAAAUACAACUACGCCACCCGCCUCAACUGCUGGUACAAUAAAGUUCCGAUGUCCCAGGCCAAGUCCGCCAUCUCCAAAGCCUGCGCCGCCAUCACGACGUGCACGCCGCUCAAGGGCCCGUUCGCCAACUCCCGCGGCUCGGAGGGCAACAUCAUGGCGCAGGUGUUCGUCGGCAAAGAGUGCGUCAUGGGCAAGGACAACUACCUCACGGCGGCGAAGUGUGAGGAAUGGUUCAAAUCGUUUGUGAGCAGCCAGUGUGGCGGGACGGAUGAUCAGUUUGCGUUGGGUGCGGCGCUCUUCAUCUGCGACAACUCGACUCUUUCGAUCAAUUUCCAGGGCUGAGUGGCCAAGAGUUGCGAGUCGUCUGUCAGAAGGCUUGCACUUACGGUCUUCGGAGUGCUGAUAAUGGCAAUGGCAAUGGCAGUGCAAGUGCGGGCUCAUUCUACGGUUGCAGCGGGUCGGGCUUUUUGUCUUUGCAGGGUUUUGCUAUCGAGGUCUCUGCCUUCCUACGUGAAAGGUAGCUAAGGCGAGUCUCUAGCAUAACGGGUUUCAAUUGCGUGGCUGCUGGUCUGACAUGACCUCCAUAGGGUCGCGAUAUAGAUGACACUCCGUCAAUAUAAAAAUCUGCUAC